AUGGGGUCAACAAAAUUUGGCAACUUCGAGGACUUUUGUCGUGACACAACUCUUCCAGUCUGCAAUGUUCUCUCAAAAACCCAUAAUCAGGAUGGAGAUUGGGGCGGAUGCAAGUUGAGAGGCAUUACGCUGCCAGGCGAGGAUAGAUACCUCGGUAACUUGGGAUCGAUUCUGCUUGCGGGAAUUGCUAUUCUUGUCACCAUCUCUCUUAUUCUUAAGUCGGAAAGAAAAAGGGCAGCUGUAGGACGAAGGGAAAUGCAAGUGUUUUUGGUCGGUUAUCUGCUUGUGUCUAUUGCGGAGAUUUUCUCGAUAGGAGAAUUCCCCUUGAACGACCAAGUACGAGUGGUUUUCAGCGCUAUCCACAUUGGUGCUAUCGCGGCGACAACAUGGCUGCUUUUCAUCAACGGUAUUGUGGGUUACCAGCUGAUGGACGACGGCACGAUUCUCUCCCUCGCACUCACCAUUGGCUCGGCACUUGCAUGGCUCAUUGGUGUUGGAUACAUCGCCCUCGACACCGGUUACCAGUGGACUACCCAAUGGCAGGGCAGCCUUGAGCCUCCCAACCGCAGCAUUGCGCUCUACGUCACCUACCUCCUCCUGCCCCUGGUUUGGGUUGUCUUUUUUGUCGUCCUGGAGCUCGUCCUCGUCAUUAAGGUGCUCGGCGAGACGAGGCCGUUGCUGUUCCUGGGCGCGGCAGCUCUCAGCUUCGCCGUGGGUCAAAUCUUCAACUUUGUUGUCAGCCCCUACAUUUGCAACGGCACGUCAGGCGCCAUCGAUGGUUCUCUGUUUCAGACAUUAUUCACCUUUGUUGCGGUUACGGUGGUGUGGUUCUUUUGGUCUAGCAUCACGGAGGACGACUGGCCUAUUCAGCCGACGCAAUACCCAUAA